UCUGGUUUUUCCCAAAGACAACUACAACAACAACGCCCUGUUUUUCCUCUAAAACCACAAUCUCUACCACCUUUUUAACUCCUCUCUCAAACCAAAAAUCACAACUCUCUCUCUCUCUUAUUAUUCUCUGCCAAAAACAGACGAUAUACCAUGACUGAGGAAGCGCAGAAGCCAGCAGCUGAGGCAGGAGGACCUUCCGCCGAGGUCGUAACUGUGGUUUCCGAUGUUCCUCAAGCGGAGAAACCCGUGACUCAGACUGAAGCUCCGCCGGCACCUGUGCCUGAGCCCGAGGAACCCGAGAAGCCUGCCACGACCGAUGAGGUUGUUGACGCUGAGAAACCCAAAACGGCUGAGGAGGAGAAAAAGAUUGCUCAAUCGGUUUCGUUCAAGGAAGAAAGCUAUGUCGUCGGCGAGCUUCCGGAGUCGCAGAAGAAGGUCCUUGACGAAUUCAAACAGCUCGUUCAAGAAGCUCUUAACAAGCACGAAUUCACUGCUCCUCCACCUCCACCUCCACCGCCGGUUCCCAAGGAGGAAGAGAAAAAGGACGAGGAAGAGCCAAAAACAGAGGAAAAGACUGAAGAAAAAACUGUUGAAGAGCCUCCGAAGGCCGAGUCGUUGGCCGAGCCUCUGAAGGAGCCAGAGAAAGAGAAGGCUCCAGAACCAGCGGAGAGUGUUGUCGUCGUGACUGAGGUGGUGGAGAAGGUGGCUGCUGUGGACGAGGAUGGUGCUAAGACGGUGGAAGCAAUCGAAGAAUCCGUCGUAUCCGUCACCGCUGCUCCAGCCGACGAGGCAACCUCAUCAGCGAAAGCUGAGGCCGAAGAGCCGAAGAAGGAAGAAGAAGUGGCUGCCCCACCUCCCCCACCAGAGGAGGUUUCCAUCUGGGGAAUUCCCCUUCUCGCCGAUGAGAGGAGUGACGUGAUCCUCUUGAAGUUCCUGAGGGCGAGAGAUUACAAGGUUAAGGACGCCAUGACCAUGCUGAAGAACACCGUCAAGUGGCGCAAGGAGUAUGGAAUCGAUAAUCUUAUUGAAGAAGACCUCGGGUGUGAUUGGGAUAAGGUUGUUUUCACUCAUGGAGUGGAUAAGGAAGGCCACCCUGUUUGCUACAAUGUUUUCGGUGAGUUCCAGAAGAAGGAGUUGUAUCAGAACACGUUCUCCGAUGAAGAGAAGCGGACCAAGUUCAUCAAGUGGAGGAUUCAGUUCUUGGAGAAGAGCAUCAGGAAAUUAGAUUUCAACCCCACUGGUCUCUCCACCAUCGUUCAGGUCAACGAUCUCAAGAAUUCUCCUGGAUUCUUUCUCAACAAAGAGCUUGUCACCGGCCAGGCAAUUCAGCUGCUUCAGGACAAUUAUCCUGAGUUCGUAGCCAAACAGGUGUUCAUCAACGUUCCAUGGUGGUACUUGGCCUUCAGUAGGGUUAUCAGUACUUUCCUCACUCAGAGGACUAAGAGCAAGUUUGUGUACGCUGGUCCAUCAAAGUCUGCCGACACCCUUUUCAAAUACAUAGCUCCUGAACAAGUUCCAGUUCAACAAGGUGGGUUGAGCCAAGAUGGUGAGCAGGAAUUCACCUCAUCUGACUCUGUCACAGAAGUCACCAUAAAACCAUCAACCAAACACACCGUUGAAAUUCCAGCCUCUGAGACCAGUGUCCUGGUUUGGGAACUCAGAGUUUUGGGUUGGGAUGUGAACUAUGGUGCUGAAUUCGUGCCAAGUACGGAGGGUCACUACACUGUAAUCGUACAAAAGGCAAGGAAAGUUAAUUCCACGGAAGAACCACUGAUUUCCAAUAGCUUCAAAGUAGGUGAAUCAGGCAAGAUUGUUCUCACCAUUGAUAACCAAAGUUCCAAGAAGAAGAAGCUCUUAUACAGGUCUACGACCAAAACCUGUUCUGAAUAAUAAGCCAAUAUGGUACAAAUUAAAAAUUACACUGCCGAAAUAUUCCAAGAUUUGGUAGAAGAGGCAGGGUUCUUUGUUAUUUGAAGAAAAAGACACAGGGUUUAAUUUGUUUUUUGUUUGUUUGUUUGUUUUUUUUUAUUUGGUUGAUAUUUAAUUUUGUCCAUGAUUUAAAGAAGUUCGGGGGAUUGUAUUAAAUUUGUUCUUGUCUUAUCAUUAUUAUUAUUUUUUGUGUUUUGGUUUGAAAUCAUUUAGUGGUGAAAAACGAAGUCUUUGGGAUGAGUAAGAAGGCAGCAACGUUUGUUGUGGGUGUAUAUGUUUUUGUUUUGGGGGAGAAGGCACGUGUUUGAACUUUGGACAUAAAUACUUUUGCCACUAUUUCAGAUACUCUUUUGUCUGUAAAGGUUGUGUAAAUUUUAUGUUUAUUAUUAUUACCUGGCAAAUGCUUUAUUGUAUUAUUAUUGUAUUUUUCUUGUAUUUUAAUUCUAUAUUCGAUUUUAUA